AUGGUUAAAUCAGUCAGUUCCAGCUCUAAGGCGCACUCCAAUAGCGGCCCUUCAAAAGUUAGGGCAGUGGAACUUAAACGAAAUUCCUUCUUAGUCGAGAAGAUUCUCGACAAACGCAUCAAUGAUCGCGGCGUUGUCGAAUACUAUCUCAAGUGGCGCAACUUUCCAUCCGGACAAAAUAGCUGGGAGCCAGUGGACAACUUAUCAUGCGUUUCCUUGAUCAAAAAGUUUGAAAAAUCUCUUCAAGAAGAACACAAGGAUCAAAUUCGCGAACAUGACUAUGUCCCUGCCAGGGUCUUAAAGUCUCUCUACAAUGUCAAAGGCAUGAGUGAAUUUUAUGCAGGUUUUCAGCAAAAAUAUCCAAAUCUUUCAAUUCAACAGAUUGACAAUGUAAAUGAUCCGGUGUUGCCGUAUAUUGAAGCAGAAAAAAUUUUGGGUGUCAACCAAAACGGUCCGGUGAUGUACUUUGUCGUAAAGUUUGUGCAUCAAGACAAACCUGUUUUUGUAAUUCCAGAGAUAAUGUACGAUAAAUGGCCAGAAAUGGCAUCGGACUUUUACAACGAGUGGAUUAGCACACGAUACGAUUCCGAAAACAAAGCAGUCUAA